AUGGAGGACUGGGCCGCCAUAGGCACAAACUGCUCACGAGUGCGCGCACUGUGGACCCAGGUUUGUAUUAAUGAGCAGGUGGUAAUCCUGGAUGCCACCCGAGGCCCGGCAUUCUUGGCUUGUACAGUUGCAACCAGGCAGGACGAAACGCUGCAGAUGGUCGAGCUCUUCAGUGGGGGUUUCUCGGGUUGGUCUCAGGCUGCUUGGGCUAUUCGUGAAAUGGGGUACCCUGUCAACACGUCAUGGUUGCUUGACAUCGAGGACUCAUAUGACAAGCCAAUACAGGCACAGGAUAGGACUACCCAGAUUGUCCGAACAGUAGCUGACCUUGCUGAAGCUGAUUUCUCGCGUGGACCGGUUGCAAUUUUUGCGAACAUUGAGCAUCAAUGGUGGCACCGAGCCUGGAUUCGGGCCCCUCCGCAAUUGCUAGUUGCAUCGCCACCUUGUCAGCCGUGGUCCUCCGCAGGGCAGCAAUCAGGCCUUGCUUCGCCGGAUGGACGCCUGGCUCUGUUGCUAGCUGCUAUUUGCCGGGUGACACAGGCCUGGAAGGAAGCGGGCUAUGAAUGCGUGAGCCAACAGUCACUUCAGUUAUCGGAGGUUGGGGAUGGGAUUCGGUUCUUUAGUGCCCCGGAGAUUGCGUCGUGCCACGGUGCCCUGCGGCCCCAGUUUCUCCCGGCAUGCGACCAAACAGCGAUGACGAUGCUUGGAAACGCCCUUGCCACGCCUCAGGCGGCAGUUGUGCUGGCACAUGCGUUGCAGCUCUUCCUGAAGCCGGGCCACCGCCCAGACCCGGCUGAGGCCGCCGCGUACUGCGUCAACCGUGCAAUCAACUCUGGCAACUCAGUCCUGGCCAGAGUCACUGGGGGAUGGAUGCUUGUGCACGUGACCGAGGUUGGACAAAUCAUUGCGAGCUCCCACCUCCGGGCUCAGCUUGAGGGCCUUUUGCAGAGUGCUGCUGCUUCCUUUUAUGCGCUCUCCCUCGGGUUCGGUCGAGAGGCCGAUUUCGUCGAACAGGCGCGGAUCCACUGCUCGACCCAUGUAAACCUUGCUGAGGCGAUGCGACUGCUCCGGCUUGAAGUCGACGAAGUCCCCCAGGGCCCCAUGCGUGCCCGAGAGUGUUGUCAAAUUGGGGUUGAGGCGGUGCCUGUCGUGCCCUUCCAGGCUGACGUUCCACGUACCUCGGUGUGCUCCGGCCCUAUUUUGCUGUGCACACCCACAGGGACCAUCAUCGUUCAAGCAGGUGUGCCAGAUUGGUUGCAGCAACUCAAGUGGGCUUUUGACAAGUGUCGCUCCUUCAACCUUGGGGUUGUUUGCCUCACGUGUUUUGGUGAGAGACUGACAUGUGUCUCCAAGUUCCCGCCGGUUGUCUUCAUUGCCACUGAGGCGGAUGACCUGCACUAUUCGGCACCCUCUUUCUCCCGUGAGCAGGUGAGGGCUUGCCGUCUCUGCUCAAAUGGAGGUCAACUUGUUUUGUCAAUCGCCGCUGAGCAUGCACUUACUUGGUGGAUACAGGCCCCGUCCCACCUUCUGGAGUGUCUGGGAUGGCAGCUGAUAUCAGGCGACAUGCCCACUGAGGCGGGCCAAACGUUUCAGUUGUCUCUCCAGGCCACGGGUAGCACGCCACCAGUGCCUCUGUGUGAGCUACGCUCCUACCUACGUGACCUCCUUUUCCUUGCGCAGCUGCGGCAUUCGACUGCUGCCGCGGAGUUGCUCUUGUCGGAGCCCAUCCUGAUUCAGGUCGUCGCUCGUUCCAUCGGUUGCCUUCGGCUCCCGGCCCAACUGUGUGUUGACAAAAUCGAGCACAUGUGGCGCACAGCCUGCCUCGCGGUUGAUUGUUGGCCGACUGCACGGGUGUUCUCCGGCCCCUUCCCGCUAAGGGUAGAGAGUCGUCUUGAAGAUUUGGUGGCUUCGCCAGAAGUGUUCCGCAAAGGCCGUGACCGGUGCUUGGUUCUCACUGUGAUGCCAGAGACUCGAGGCGGAGGCUCUAAGGACGAAAACCUCCAACUUGCCAAAUCCAGAGUCGCGGCCCUCCUGCUUGACCGCGGCGUGCCACUGCCUGCCACAACCAAAAGAUCAGUGGCAGUUGCUGUCUAA